GGAAAUCGUUCUCGAUACUUGUAGUUGCAAAUUGUAUAAAAAAAGUAGAAAAAGAUAUAGGGACUGGAAUUUGAUGUAGUUUUAGGAAGCAUUUCUGGGUGAGGGAAGUCGUAUCGACUUCGACAUUCAGGACGAGGUGAGUCGAUAGGUCAAGAUCCUGGUUAGUAAUAGCCUCGCGUCAUGAUGUGAUCGUGAAUUAUGGACUAGAUCGAGUGACAGACGAACCUCAGAGUCGGAUUGAAGCGGAAGAAAAGCAGAGAAGGAGACAUAGCGGAAGGCACAACUAGUACCACGUCGCUAAACAUUGCAUCUUGUAGUUGGCAUCUUUAUAUUUCAAGCCACGACAAAGCGUAAGCGGCAAGCGGGAGUAGGAGAAGGAGUACACCUUUUGUUGUGAGUUUUCAUCGAUUCCAGUGGGUGCUGUGUCAACGCCAAAAUAACUUCUAUGGACGGUCGCCCCUGACAAAAUUUUGUGCGAGGUCGUUGUCAAGAUACGCGACGUCAUUGACCACGUUGUGGCUACUAUAAUAAAGAACCGCGACCACGCGACGACGUCCUCGUCGAGUGGCAGCUUCGUCACUACUGUAAUUCGGUGUCGCACCAGAUCGGAGAAAUAUAAGUUGCACAAAAUUGUUUGAGUCGUGCGUCCUUGGCUUGUUGGUUCUUGGAGAAAUUCGAGGCUUGCCAGUGAAACAUGUCGGCUUCUAUUAAUGUACCUAGAACAAGUGGAGAAGAUGUAUCUGCUUCAUCAUCCUCUUCUCUUGGUGGAGGAUCGUCGGGUAGUACUGCGACAACGACAACUUGCGAGGAUGUGUCGUCGACGACGACCCACAGUUCGCCUACAACGGCCUCUACAACUGGUGGUACGACAGCGGCGUCAGCAUCAUCAACAUCGACCUCGUCUAGCGUUGUUGUGAGAAGCGCAUCCGGAACCCGGACUAGACUCUUGACACGAUCUCCCUGCGCGCCUCGUCCCGUCUCGUCGCAAAAUUCCGCUCUGGUCGCUUUUUUUGAACGAAGACUGGCACAGAUUCGCGCCUUGACAGUGGACCCGAUAGUCAGUAUGCUGAACUACAUCAACAUUUGAAUCAUGUAAAACUAGCCUCCACAAGCUUCGCCCGGCUUCAAGUUAGUUCAGCACUUUUCUGCGGCCUCCCACGGGCUACAGCCGCUAGAGUAGAGACAGCCGGCGGGUGAGCUGAUGCACCCUACGAAUUGACUACGACAAGAGCCGAGUGCCGGCGGUGGCCGACUCAGAUGCGUCGACUCAUGUGCAGGGCAUUGCGCUGCCUUCGGUUUUUUUUUUGAGAUUGCCGGGCGGGUCAUGCAAAUUCUUAAGAAUUUGCAAGACCCCCACGGCAGUCCAACAAAAAAACCAGAAGAGAGCCACCAGACACGCACAAGAAUCCGCAAGCCCCAACGCACGCAAGCGCCUCGCGGUGGCGCCAGGCAAGAACGAGGGGCGACCUUGAUGGGCCAAACAAGACAAAGCAACGCAGGGCCGCGCUGCUUGGGUCUCUCUACGCGCUUACACCUGGCGGGGCUUCUUUGUUUCGUCAGAUGUCUCUCGUCAGAAACAGGCGGGCGCACUUCGCGGGGUCGUGCGGCGUCGCGCUUCGGGCUGUGGCUGAAGCCUCUCGGCUGGCUGACGUCUUUCACCAAGCUGGAGACUAAGGCUCUCCAUCAGGCUGAUGCUGUUCGUCAGCCCAACGCUCUGCGCCAGGCUGGCGGCGUUCGUCGGGCAGGCCGGCGCCCCUCGGCAGGCGUCUUGGGUCAGGCUGAGGCUUUUCGUCAGGGUCGGGCGACGUCUCUCGUCAGGCUGAAGCGCUUCGCCUGGCUGACAUUCCUCGCCGGGCCGAGACUCACGCCUUUGGUCAGGUUGAUGGCUUGCUUCAGCUCGGCGCCGUUCGUCAGGCUGAUGCACUCGCCAGCCAGGUGAGGCCUCUCGCCAGACCGGCGCAAUGCUUCGCCAGGCGUCUGCCUUGCGUCGGAGGGAACAGGCUGAGCGGGGCCUUUCUUCGGGCUGCGGAUGUCUUUCCUUCGUAAGAUUGACCCCGUUCUUUCGUCGGACUGACGUGCUUCGCCAGAUUGACCGCGUUCGCCGGACUGACGUCCUUCGCGAAAGGUCUUCGCUAUCUUCAAGGGCCUCGCGCCACAGGGAGGCCUCGCGUCAGUUUUUCUGGCGGAGGUCGUUCGUCAGAUGUCUGCUGUCGCGGGUCUCACUCUUGUCGUGUCGGAGGUCUUGGGCCCAAAGGUCGUCUUUGGUCCACGCACAGGUCGCCGGUGGUCCACAGGUCGCCUGUGGCCCAAAGGUCGUCUUCGGUCCAAAGGUCGGCUUUGGUCCAGAGGUCGUCUGUGGUCCAGAGGUCGCUUUUGGUCCAGCGGCCGUCUUUGGUCCAAAGGUCGCCUUACUUUGGUCCAAAGGUCGCCCUACUUUGGUCCAAAGGUCGCCCUACUUUGGUCCAGAGGUCGAAGGGUCGCCUUACUUUGGUCCAAAAGUCGCCCUACUUUGGUCCAGAGGUCGGCGCACUUUGGUCCAAAGGUCGGCUUACUUUGGUCCAAAGGUCGGCUUACUUUGGUCCAAAGGUCGCCUUACUUUGGUCCAAAGGUCGCCUUACUUUGGUCCAAAGGUCGCCCUACUUUGGUCCAGAGGUCGCCGGGUCGCCUUACUUUGGUCCAAAAGUCGCCCUACUUUGGUCCAGAGGUCGGCGCACUUUGGUCCAAAGGUCGGCUUACUUUGGUCCAAAGGUCGGCUUACUUUGGUCCAAAGGUCGCCUUACUUUGGUCCAAAGGUCGCCUUACUUUGGUCCAAAGGUCGCCCUACUUUGGUCCAGAGGUCGCCGCACUUUGGUCCAGAGGUCGCCUGUGGUCCCGCGGUCGUCUUCGGUCCCAAGGUCGUCUUUGGUUUCAAGGUCGUCUUUGGUCCCAGUGUCGUCUUAAGUCCCAAGGUCUCCUGUGGUCCAGAGGUCGCCUGUGGUCCAAAGGUCGCCCCUGGGUCAAAGAUCGCCUUUGGGCCAAAGAUCGUCUUUGGGUCAAAGAUCGCCUGUGCUCCAAAGGUCGUCUUUGGUCCAAAGGUCGCCUUUAGUCCGAAGAUCGCCCUUGGUCCAACGGUCGCCCUUCGUCCAAAGCUCGUCUUUGGUCCAAAGAUCGGCUUUGGUCCAUGUGUCUUUGGUCCAAGGUCUUUGCCCUUUCGGUGGGCGGUCUUUCGUUGGCUGUCUCUCUUUGGACUUUUCUCCCCAGCUUGCGCCCCCACCCCCGUCGGCCAUUUUUCUGCCUUCUUUUCUGGUGGUCUGCCACGGGGCCGCAACGUAAAUCCCAACAAGGAAACGGCCGGAGGCUAUCGGGCUUGAGACUGAGGGGAAAGGGCAGGAGACUAUGGGCAAUAGCUUCGCGAAAGAAGCUGACUAAUCUCCGGUGGGUUAGGCGGGGAGUUUUAUGGCGGCGAUCAAUGGCGAGAUUAAUAAUAUAGAUUAAUAAUAUAGAUUAAUAAUAUAGAUUAAUAAUAUAGAUUUUUUUUUUGUUAUGUUUUUUAUCUAUCAACUUAUAAUAAUUGAAGAUAAUUCAAAGUAAAAUUUUGUUAUUUCAUUUACACAUCAGUUAAAAAUUCUGGUUUUUAUUUUGUUUCUGAUCCAGGCACAUCUAGUAUCGAAGAAAGGUUGAUAUUCGUGCCUUGUUUGUUUGUCCUUCUUCUCCAUAGUAAUACAUACUUUGCUGUUAUUUAUCGUUCUUUUUGCCCUUGUUGUGCUCGCCUUUCAUUGGUUACGCCUACACCAUUUGGACGGAAAAUGCGGAGUUCGUGCGGAUGUGCAAGUACGCGGCAACGACUUUGGGUACCGUGACUCUGGUGCUCCUACUCAGACGGCAGUACCUUCUUACUCAGAGGCGCCGUCUCGACGCACUUAAUAUUAUGACCAGCAGUAAUAUAAUAGAAGCAAAUAAUUUUUGAACUCUCACUGUCACUCCAUGGCUUUGCUUUUGGUUUUUGCCUUAGAAAAGGUAUGCGUGUUGCAAUCACAUUCGUGCGUCUAGUAUCACAACAUACAGCGAGAUCCGAUAGGGCAUACGGGUAAGGAGCGGUGGCGCUCCUCAUAGUGAGCUAAUCGAUAGUCUUUUAUAUUCGAGGCUCGAUCGGUUUGGUGAAUAAUAUAGUGAGAGCAAAUUCUGCACCUUCACGACCAUAAUUCUGAAACAUUAUAAUAUAGCGAUCGUGUUGUAUUUGUAAAAUGAUAUGCGUCCUUGUUGUCCUUCUAGUUACGUGAUGGACAACAUCUAGUCCUGCCUGAGCAUGUUGUUGACACCAAGAUUGAGAAGAACAAGUAGGGCGUUUAUAAUUUAUUAUAGGUAAUUUUGUUCCUGUUCCACGUACGACUGCAUAGCCUGCUCCCCGAAAAAGGGAAACUUCAGGUACGACGAGGCACCACCGUGUCGUGCCCAUCCCGUUUAUUUGCAAAUCCUCAAUUGCUAAGGCUAAUAGAGAUGAGCGGAAAGACAACGAGAAGCGGCCUCGACAACAACGGGGAGCAAGCACUGGGCCUGGGCGACCGAAUACAUUUAGGGCUUUCGAUCUUCGAAGAAUGCUAAAGCAGAUUUAUUAUAAAUAGUUAGGAAGCGUUCGAGUGUAUUAGAUUAGUGUUAAGUUAAGGACCUAAUAAAGAUUGACUAUUCCACUACCAUCUAGAAAAACUGCAUUAUUAUAAAUAGUUAUUGACAUAAUGCAAAAAAUCAUAAUCAUGCAGUGUCAAAAUUCCAACUUAAGAUCCUUAAUCUUUCUCGAUACAACAAAAAAAUCUUCUAGCUCGAGCAUACGAUACCGCACCGAUGUUAAGCAGAUGCACCUGUACUGGAGGCACCAGAGACCUCUGAGGCUGUAGUUCUGGAAACGAAUACUACUUCUAUAUAUGAUGUAGGGCUUGGGGCUGCCGGAGGUACCCCCCCCUAGCGUAGGGGGGGCACCGGCAGCCCCGGACCCCUUUGGGAGGCGUCUGCCGGGGGUGGAAGGCCUCAAAAGGGGGCCAAGUGGGCGCCUUCGCUCCCUUCCAGGUGCUUGGCUCUCCCUAGAGGCCUCCAACGUAAGUAGGUGGCAGGCCUCUGAAGGCUGCAAAAGCCGAGGGGCUGGACCCCCUGAGCCGUGCAGCUUGUUCCCUCCGGGCCGUGGCCGCCCUCGGCGGCCUUUUACCCCGGAGGCCUCCCGCCUGCGAGGGUCAGCAAAGGCCUGGAGGAACCGGCUGAGAGGCCCAAGGGGAGACCCGCGCCAAGUUUGGACGCCUUCCCCCACUAGAUUCCGCGGCGAAAUGCGCGCGGAAAAGCGCGCGCGCGCGCCACCACAGACAGACCACAUGGGGGGGGUACCGUCCCGCCCUAAAUCGUAGAUAAUAUUAUCAAUUUUCGCUAAAAAUUUGCGAGGUGGAAUUCUCGUCGUCGGUCGUGACAAGGCAUACGAAGACGUUAGUAUCAUGCUCAAGAAGCCGUCGAGUAAUAAGGCUUUCGUUACUCAAUCUUCGGAAGCAUCCGCAAGAGACUUUUCAAGACGAAAAGACAACUAGGAUGCAUCUCGAGAUGGAUUCGGGUAAGCUCUAAGAGUAGCCGCACUACAACCAGUGGCGUUCCGCGGACGAAAAGGAACAAGAUGCAUUAUGGGACGAAGAUUGCGCGGCUUUUUCUCAAGGCUCUUGGUUAUCGCAACAACGCUAUUUUGAUUUUGUUCAGGAGCACGCUUCAUCAUCUUUGACGCGUACUAGUCGCUGUCUACGUCUAGUCGUCCCUUCAUCAUCAGAUUCAUGAACGAUGUGGAAAUUCAAUUUCCUCAAAGGACAGGAAAAGAUCAGGGACAGAUCAUAUUGACGGUUGAAACAUUUUUUUACUUCUACAACAACAACAAGCAUAAUCAUAUCGCACUACCUAUAGUGCUGUAUUGAGGAAUGAAUUGUUUCAACCUUUGGAGACAGCCCUCCACUUCUACUAGUAAAUAUUUCAAGAACGAAAGAACAGUGUGCAUCGCCAUAGGUUACAUCAACUACCGGAUAAGAGUCGACGCUCCUUUUUUUGUCAAAUCCUUAGUUCUAUUAAAUGAUAAUUUUUUCUUUCGCACUACAGUUUCCUCCAGGAUGACAUUAAUCAAUGUUGAUUAAUCGAUUCUUGUCUUUUAGUUGUAGAUGGAGAUGAUAGGAUCGUUUGUGCAGAAUCAACUAAUAGACCGCAUUGCCAGAGGAGAGUCCAGAGGACCUUUUGGAUGAAGAUGAUGUGCUAAGCGUCGCCAGCACAAAUAGUUACGACUACGAGCCUACCCUUUCCGAAUUCCUCCAAGUGAAUUCGUAAUCGUAUAGUCGAGGUAUUAGUACGUGUCAUGUUCUUGUUGAACUUGUUGAAUAUCGGAUUAGAACACUACCACGCCACUGUUCAUGAAGCACAACAGCGUCUACUUAUGAUGAGUGACAUUCCUACCUCUGUUUAGAAGAUUCAACACGCCUUAUUGUCCUUGUUCCAUAGGUGUGUAGGUGGCACGUCUAGUAUAGCAUGAGCAACAUCAUCUUCGUUAUCUCUGCGGUCUACAGGAGGGCCCAAAUCAAAAAUUUUGAUUUCCUUACGAGAACCUCUAAAGUAAAACUGCUCCUGGCGGAGGACCGCGAUCAGGCGGAGGCAGUGCAUUUGGUGGGAAGCCACGAGUCAGCGCCGCCCAGGACGAAGUACGAGAGACAUUACUAGGUACAACAGUUGCGGAAAAAAACGACGAGGACGAGGGAACAACCACUCCGAGUGAAGCGAGCGAGCAAGUGGUAGAGGAGACACGACCAGCGGCAAGAAACGUUCACAGUGUUGCGAUGGUUGCCAGCGAUGUUUCUGGACUUCUCGCUGGUGCGUGGACCAGCAUCGCAUCUAGCAUCUCGUCCACAGCGCACGCCGUAAAAAAUACGCUUAGGAUUCAUGUUGCUUGUCCUCAAUGCGUGAAUAUGAAUAACAAGAUUGAUAUAGAUAAGGAUUGGACGACAUGUACUAGUUCAUCGCGACGAUGUUUACGGAUUUUAUCGUAAGAUAAAAUGCAUAACGUAUACGUACUACUACUAUCAUGUAUAGAUACGAAGUACAAGUAAUUAUUAGUAUAUCUUCUCAAGGUCAAGCUUACCAGUUAUUAGUACAUCUUCAUCCUCAUCUAUGAUAGAGGAUCUAUCUUCAUCUUCCUGAUUACUUAGAAGUUCUUCCUGCGAAUCGGACUCGGAGCAGGCUUCGAUUGUGAUUGAUAUUGAACUAUAUUAAGUAAACUCUUCUCCUUUGCUCAACAGACGUGGAGGUUGUGCCACUUUAGAUUCAGAAAAAUCGCAUUGCGUAAAUGACCAAUAUCUCCCUCUGUUCUUACCCUUCUAAUCGGAGUGCAACAUCAAGAAGCAGUCCCUCCGCGGCCGAUAUCAAGAACAAGGUAGACGCCGACUCCUCGUCCAAAAGAGGUUGCGAGGAGUCUUCCUCAAAAACGGAAUCGAGUUCGAGUACUAUUCUGCCGAUCAUGCGCCCGAAGGCCGCUGUUAGUCGGUGUCGGUCGCGUGAGGGAGACCCAGGCGUGGUGCAGAAAAUAGGCCUCUUUUGCGUACAGCAGCUGGCGAAUGCCGGUCUCCUUGUGCCGAAAAAUGUUUCGCUUGCAGCGAAAGAAUAUGUUGCCUCUCGAAGUGCGCCCUAUUCGCUUGAGGACACGAUCAUUAUGAUAGGAAUUUCAUUUGGAUUUGGUUCUGGAGCUAGUUGUAGUAAGUAGCGUCUCCCGACGACCGUGAUCGUGAAAAUAGGUAAAGGACAUUCGCAAUUAUUCGGAUCUAAGGUUUCUUGAGCAGUACGCCUCCUUCUUCUAACAUGAUAGUGAUGAAAGAACUGGCGCGGGCGUUCCAUUUCCGUUGUCGCGAAUUUUGCGAGAUGAGCAACUCAGUACGAGAACGCCUGUUCAUGAAACGGAUGUCGGUAUAAUUUUAUAUAAUUAUACCAGUUUGUUGUAGUAGUUUGACAGUUGUACGGGCAUUCUUCAUCUUCGUCGAGAAACGGACUGUGCCUGCAGCAUCUCUUUGUGUGUAAGUAUCGAUCGUCAAGCUGGUGUUGAAGAGUGAUCAAGAAUUAUCAACACUACGUCAAGUGGGAGGGGAACUGACCACGCAAACAGUUUUUGUUGGUUAUUUGAACAUCAACACCGCAAUUUGAUUUUGAAUUCAUGUUCUACUUCAUCCUUAUCGUCCACUCCAAACACUACAUUAUUUCUUGAAGAAUAUUAAAGCUUGAAGAAUUUAUUCAGUUUUGCGAGGACGAACUACGAAACCAGCUGCUUCAUCAGAGUGGCGCAUUGCAAAAACUGCAGGAGACUCAACGAGAGAUCCUGGCGGAGUACGAUUUGA